AUGAUUUUAAAUAAUACAGAUUAAGCUAUAGAUAAUUUAUAUUAUCUUCUUUGGUUAAAAGAUAGUGGUUUAAAGGACAGUAGUUUUGUUGUUAAAAUUCCCGACACAAUAAUAAUAAAAAGCAAUUAAAUAAUGAAUUGGUUUUUUUCAUCAAAAAACAAUGACGGUAUUUUAGUAAAAAAAGAUUAUAAUUUAAACCAUAAAAAUAUUUUUGAAACAUUUACAAGGAAAAUAUCUAAAAGUGGAAUAGUAGCCUAUUUUAUAGAAAAUAUAAAAACAAAUAGUAGUGAAAAUGAAAUAGUUAUUAGAUAUUUUACAAAAGAGAAAUUUAGGGAAUUUUUAUUCGCUGAAAAAGAAGUAAUACGAUCAGGAAUUUUAUAAAAGUUUAUAGAUCCUUAUGGGGAAAAUCAAACACUUAUUUAGGCUAUAUAUUCCCCAUAAUUAUGCAUUUUUUCUAAAAGAGUUAAUUAUAGACAUCUAUAUGAUAAUUCUUAUGACCCUUAUGAACGUUUGUUAACUUUUGAUGGGGCAGAAAUGUAUUCUAGAACAGUUCCUUUAAGAGGAAAUUCUAUUAGACUACAAGACGAAUAAUUACCUGCUAAUAUUCCUUUAAAAAAAAUGAAAAAUACUCCUUUAAAUCUAGAUAAUAAUUACAUAAGACCCGAAGAAAUAAAAUUGAUUUAAACCACAAAUACCAUGAGACCAAUUUAACUAGAAAACGAUAUAAAAUGCUUCCAUUGUUAAGAAAAAAUUCAAUCUAAAGAUCUAGUUCCGGUCACUUAUGAAUUUAUUAUUAAUAAUUUCGAGGAAAAUCCGAAUGCGUAAUAUUCUAAAGUUUCAAAUGUGGAAGUCAUUGAAGUUCCCCCUGUUCCUAAUUUUGUAUUGAAAAAUAAAAACUCGAAGUUUAUUAAAGAUUAAACUAGUUAAAUUCCGGCUCUUUUGGCUAAAUUAUACCCUAAAUUAAGUUUAGAAAAUUAUUUGAAGUUUAGAAAAAAUUAGAAGUUUUUAAACUAAAAAUUUUAAUAACAUAUAUAAUAAAAAAGAUCUAAUUAUGUUAAUAUUGUUAUUUAGAUUUUACAAGAUAUAUAAAAAUUAGUGGAGCACCUUUGA